GCUCGGCGGGGGCAGCAGCAGCGGCGGCAGCAGCAGCGGGCCGGGGAAGUCCCGGAGUCCCAGCAGCAGCAGGAGUCACCGCAGCCGGCAGCGGCGCAGGACACGUGGCAGCCCCGCGCGCCCCGGCCCCGAGCAAGAAGCGACCCCCGGCACCACCGCCACCACCGCCGCCGCCGCCAUGGGCAAGGGGACUGGACGUGACAAGUAUGAGCCUACUGCUACAUCAGAACAUGGUGCCGGGAAGAAAAAGGGGAAGAAGGCGAAAAAGAAGGAUAUGGAUGAACUGAAAAAGGAAGUCUCAAUGGAUGAUCAUAAACUCAGCCUUGAUGAACUUCAUCGUAAAUACGGAACAGACUUGAGUCGGGGCUUGACAACUGCUCGUGCUGCUGAGAUUUUGGCUCGGGAUGGCCCAAACGCCCUCACACCUCCCCCUACCACUCCUGAAUGGGUAAAGUUCUGCCGACAGCUGUUUGGAGGAUUCUCCCUUCUAUUGUGGAUUGGAGCUGUUCUUUGUUUUCUGGCUUAUGGCAUCCAGGCUGCAAUGGGGGAGGAGACAAAUAAUGAUAAUUUGUAUCUGGGUGUUGUGUUGGCUGCUGUUGUUAUCAUAACUGGCUGCUUCUCGUACUACCAAGAAGCAAAGAGUUCUAAGAUCAUGGAAUCCUUCAAAAACAUGGUGCCUCAGCAAGCCCUUGUGAUCAGAAAUGGUGAGAAGCUGAGCAUAAAUGCUGAAGGUGUUGUAGUUGGAGAUCUAGUGGAGGUGAAAGGAGGAGAUAGAAUUCCAGCUGAUCUUCGUAUCAUAAGUGCUCAUGGCUGUAAGGUGGAUAACUCCUCACUCACUGGUGAGUCAGAGCCUCAGACCAGGUCUCCAGAUUUCACGAACGAGAACCCACUGGAGACGAGGAACAUUGCUUUCUUUUCCACCAACUGUGUAGAAGGCACCGCCCGUGGUGUUGUCGUUAACAUUGGCGAUAAUACUGUGAUGGGCCGUAUUGCCACUCUCGCAUCUGGACUGGAAGGGGGGAAAACUCCCAUUGCAACUGAGAUUGAGCAUUUUAUCCACAUCAUCACUGGAGUGGCUGUGUUCCUGGGAGUCAGCUUCUUCAUCCUCUCAUUGAUCCUUGAGUACACCUGGCUGGAGGCCGUCAUCUUCCUCAUUGGAAUCAUUGUCGCCAAUGUUCCUGAGGGUCUGCUUGCUACUGUCACGGUGUGUCUAACACUAACGGCCAAGCGUAUGGCUCGUAAGAACUGUCUGGUGAAGAACUUGGAAGCUGUGGAAACCCUGGGAUCCACAUCCACCAUCUGCUCCGACAAAACUGGCACCCUGACUCAGAACCGCAUGACAGUUGCCCACAUGUGGUUUGACAAUCAGAUUCAUGAGGCUGACACCACAGAGAACCAGAGUGGUGCCUCCUUUGACAAGAGUUCUCUUACCUGGGCUGCUCUGUCCAGAGUUGCAGGUCUCUGCAAUCGUGCUGUGUUCCAGGCUAACCAAGAAAAUGUACCUAUUCUCAAGAGGGCAGUUGCAGGUGAUGCGUCUGAAUCUGCACUUCUAAAAUGUAUUGAAGUGUGCUGUGGUUCUGUCAAAGAGAUGAGAGAAAGGAAUACUAAAGUAGUGGAAAUACCAUUCAACUCUACCAACAAAUACCAGCUGUCUAUCCAUAAGAAUGCCAAUCCAUCAGAGUCUCGCUACCUGCUGGUGAUGAAGGGAGCCCCAGAGAGAAUCCUGGACCGCUGCAGCUCCAUUUUCAUCCAUGGAAAAGAACAGCCGCUGGAUGAGGAGGCAAAAGAUGCUUUUCAAAAUGCCUACCUUGAAUUGGGCGGCCUUGGGGAGAGAGUACUAGGCUUUUGCCACUUGGCUCUGCCAGAUGAUCAGUUCCCAGAAGGCUUCCAGUUUGACACAGAUGAAAUCAACUUUCCUGUAGAAAACCUCUGCUUUGUUGGGUUGAUUUCUAUGAUUGACCCUCCUCGUGCUGCUGUGCCAGAUGCCGUUGGCAAAUGCAGAAGUGCUGGAAUCAAGGUUAUCAUGGUUACAGGAGACCAUCCAAUCACAGCCAAAGCCAUUGCCAAGGGUGUCGGCAUCAUCUCUGAGGGCAAUGAAACAGUAGAGGAUAUUGCUGCUCGUCUGAAUAUCCCAGUCAGCCAGGUCAACCCCAGGGAUGCCAAGGCCUGUGUUGUCCAUGGCACAGAUCUGAAGGACAUGACCAGUGAACAACUAGAUGACAUUCUGACUCAUCAUACAGAAAUUGUGUUUGCCAGGACAUCUCCUCAGCAGAAGCUUAUAAUUGUGGAAGGUUGCCAGCGACAGGGAGCCAUUGUAGCUGUUACUGGUGAUGGUGUGAAUGACUCCCCAGCUCUGAAGAAAGCAGACAUUGGUGUUGCCAUGGGUAUUGCUGGCUCUGAUGUCUCUAAACAGGCAGCUGACAUGAUUCUCCUGGAUGACAACUUUGCCUCCAUUGUAACUGGUGUAGAGGAAGGUCGUCUGAUCUUUGAUAAUCUGAAGAAGUCCAUUGCUUACACCUUGACCAGUAACAUCCCUGAGAUCACACCUUUCCUAAUCUUCAUCAUCGCUAACAUCCCCCUGCCCCUGGGAACAGUAACUAUUCUCUGCAUUGACUUGGGUACUGACAUGGUUCCUGCUAUCUCCUUGGCAUAUGAGCAAGCUGAGAGCGAUAUCAUGAAGAGACAGCCCAGAAACCCCAAAACGGACAAGCUAGUGAACGAGAGACUGAUCAGUAUGGCCUAUGGGCAGAUUGGUAUGAUCCAAGCCCUUGGAGGCUUCUUCACGUACUUUGUAAUCCUAGCAGAGAAUGGGUUCUUGCCCUCCUCCUUGGUAGGGAUCAGAGUGAAAUGGGAUGACCGGUGGGUGAAUGAUGUGGAGGAUAGCUAUGGGCAACAGUGGACCUACGAACAGAGGAAAAUUGUGGAGUUCACUUGCCACACAGCCUUCUUUGUCAGCAUUGUGGUGGUGCAGUGGGCAGACUUGGUCAUCUGUAAGACCAGAAGGAAUUCAGUCUUCCAGCAGGGGAUGAAGAACAAGAUCUUAAUAUUUGGUCUCUUUGAGGAGACUGCCCUGGCUGCCUUCCUCUCUUAUUGUCCUGGCAUGGAUGUCGCCUUAAGGAUGUAUCCACUGAAACCAAGCUGGUGGUUCUGUGCCUUCCCAUACUCUCUCCUUAUUUUCGUGUAUGAUGAAGUCAGAAAACUAAUCAUCAGACGGAGCCCUGGAGGUUGGGUGGAAAAGGAAACAUACUACUAAAAUUCAACUACAAAACCACAUUCCAUGCACAGCACAGCCCUCCACCUCCCCUGUGUAUGUGUACUUUCAGCAUUUGAAUGCAGAGUUGUGCCCUGAAAAGAACGGAAUGAAGAACAAAGUGAAUCGGAAGGAAGGUGGACUGGCGGAGAAAGCGGGGGAGGGAGUUUCUUUGACGUAUCAGUCUACGGUGACGAAAGAUGGGAGUAGUUUUUAUGUGCCUUUUUGUUUUUUUAAAAGGAGAGAUGUUAAGAUUUUAAUAUUUGGAUUUUUACAAAUAAAGAUGGAUUAUAACAGGA